AUGACGUGUCCUCUGGACGCCGGGCCCAGCUACGGCCCUGCCUGGAAGAGGCUGCUCCUAGCAGUGAGUGGGAGACGGCGGCUUGGCCACGGGCUGGAGGCAAGGAGACACCCGUGGGGAGAGUCACUGUCCAAGUCGAAGUCGCCCCCGCUCAGAGACCGGACUCUGGUCAAAGUCCAUGUAGCCCAGGAGGCCAACGCAGGAGGGCUCUGGAAAGCCCUAGAAGGCACAUCUCGCCUUGGUGCUCACUUGCUCUCCGUGCUCCCUGCGCUUCCUUCUCGCCUCCUCCAAGGCACUCUGCUCACGUCCUGCACCUGCUCUGUCUCCUUGGAGCUGCCCGUCUCUGCCCAGAUGGACCCUUGGACCAAAGGAACCCGUGCCCACCUGAACACCCCUGGGAGCCUCCAUGGCAUUCUCACCACUUCUCGGUUCUGGGGACACAAAGCUCAGCCGGAAGCCAUGAUCUUUUCUCCAGAGGGCCCCCCAGGGCCUGGUCACACUGGCCAGGAGAUACCAGGCAGCCGAGACAGCCUGGGCAUCAAAAACCUGAUGACUCAAGACUCAGGCAGCUACACUGUAGUUCCUGAAAGCAUCAGGGGACGCAGGAGUGCGAAGGAGCAGCUACAAAGCAAGGCUGCCCCUGGCUCAGUGUUGCUCAUCACUCACCUGGAGACCAUCCAGGAUGUCAUCCAGAGUGAACUCAACUACUCGGUGGUCCUGCGGUGUCUGGCGAAUGGGGACCCCGAGCCCACGCUGAGCUGGACCCUCGACGGGAAGCUCUAUGACACCGGGGAGAGGCUGAUCAUCCGGCGACUGUCCUGGCAGCAACUCGGCACCUACGUGUGCACGGCCAAGAACAGUGAGGGGCAGCUGUCCUCCCAGCCCGUGACUGUCUCGCUGGCACAAGCCAACGCAGAACCCACAGAGGCUUUGCCCUUCAAGCAGGACCCCACGCUCACCCUGUCAGGAGGGGCUGCCAUCGGCCUGGCCAUCGCUGGCACCGUGGGGGCCGUGAUGCUGAUCGGAGGUGUACGCUUCACCAUCAUCCAGAGCCGAAGGCACUGA